AAGAAUUUACUGUAUUGAAUGAAAACAAUAAUUACCAAAGAUCUUUCAUCUCUGGAUUGUGCUUACACGGCAGUUUUGGUAUACCCGACGAACAAAGAAGUGUACGGUUCACUUAAAUAUGAAUAGCGCUGGCAACAGACAACGGUUUCAAGAAAGUCCGGAAAAGCAUGCAAAUUUUCUAUCAAAAUUUUCAUUCUGGUGGAUAAAGGACAUAUACAAACUUGGCACAAAGGGAACUUUAAAGCCUGAAGACAUUUAUCAAGUAAAAAGUGAAUUAGAAAGCAAAAGGAUUACCGAAGACUUUAUCCGGUUGUGGACUGAUGAAAUGAAAACAAAGAGGCCAAGUGUGUUACGGCUACUUUGCAAAACUUUCGCCGCGCCCGUUUUAUUUCGGUGCAUUUGCUAUUCUUCAUUGGACAUCGCAAUGAGAAUCUCGCACUCAUUGUGUCUCGGAGGAUUGGUAGACUUUUUUACGGAAACGAAACCAGAAAUGUCCACAAAAAUUGGUUUAAUGUACGCUUGGGGAUUGCUUUUGUCAUUGACUAUUUCGGCUAUGAGCUGCCACCCUUACAUGAUCUUUGUUCAUGAAGUGGCAACCCACAUAAAGAUUGGUUUGACUGGUCUCGUCUACAGAAAGGUAUGUGUCCGUUCGGUAAUAUUUUUGGCCUUCAUUCGUAACUGCUGCAGGUAUUACGACUUUCCUUAUGUUCAAUUUAUGAAAGUCUAAAUGGUAAAGUCAUUAAAAUCAUGGCUGAUGACGUGGACCAAUUUGGUCGGACAUUUGAGCACCUACAUCAUACUUGGAAAGGUCCCGUCGAAAGCGUAAUAUUUGCGUAUUUUAUCUAUCGAGAAAUUGGUGUAGCUGGUGUAGUCGGCUGUUCGCUUCUGUUAUGCUUUAUGCCAUUGCAAGCGUUUCUGUCACGAAAAGCGACUAAACUUCAAACAAAAUUGUCGAGACAAACGGAAGAGCGAGUAAGACUCAUGAACGAAACAAUAAUUGGUAUUCGAGUUAUUAAAAUGUUCGGAAUGGAGCAUGUUUCCAAGGAUGUCAUAACAAAUGUUAGAAGCUCAGAAAUGGUCCUCAUUCAAUCGUUGCAACGAAUUCACGCUCUGCUCGUGACGCUGUCAUUACUAACUCGACUAUCAAUACUCGUUAGUAUAGUGACCUACUUAUAUCUUGGAGAACUCAUUACGCCGCAUAAGGAAUUCAUAAUAUUCGCCUUCUUCAACUUACUUAAUUGGUCAAUGUUGUGGCAGUGGCCCUUCGCAUUGAUACAGUGUGGUCAAGGAUAUGUGGCUAUACAACGAAUACAGAAGUUUUUGCUGAAUGAGGAGAUGAGCAGAAACGUUUGGAUCGAAAAUGGCGACAGUGACGCAACUUUGAAUAGGACAGUUUUUCCGAAAAAAAGCAAUGAAACGAUAGCGAUUCAAUUGGAAAAUGUAACGUCGACAUGGUGUGCCGGUAACAAUCGCAUGGCUGGAAUAUUUAAUUCAAGUUUGAAUGUUGCAAGGGGAGAGCUAUGUGCGUUGAUCGGACCAGUAGGAUCAGGAAAGUCAACUCUACUGCAUGCGGUCACUGGCGAACUAAACAUAAAAAAAGGAUUCUGUGAAAUUUAUGGUAAGGUCAGUUAUGCAUCGCAAAUGCCAUGGAUAUUUGAGGGAACCGUUCGGCAAAACAUUAUUUUCUCCGAACCGUUCGACGAAGAGAAAUUCCAAAAUGUGAUCGGAGUUUGUUGCCUCCAAAAUGACAUUGAACGAAUGCCACGCAAAGAUUUGACACUGGUUGGUGAAUGUGGAUUCACACUGAGCGGUGGACAACGGUCGCGGAUCAGUAUAGCCAGAGCGGUCUAUCAGAAUGCCGACAUAUACAUUUUUGAUGAUGUACUGGCUGCUGUCAACUUUAAAAUUGGAAAGUACAUUGUCCAGCACUGUGUCCAAGAGUAUUUAACAGGGCGCACUCGUAUCAUCGUAACGAACGAGCUGCAAUAUUUCAAAUAUGCACAGCAUUUGGUUGUAAUGUCAGACGGCCGGAUCGAGGCGGACGGAACAUUUGAGGAAAUUCAGAAUAAGGGAUUGCUUUCAUUCUGUCGGUUGAAUGCAACUGACGUUGUUACUACCGACGCGAAAUAUCAGACUCAAAAGUCCCUGACAUCGUUGUUAACCGUAUUGGGUGAUGACAACUUCAAUGUGAGGAACGUUGAAAAGCAAUAUGAAGGAUCUAGAGUCGAUGUGUACAAAUUCUACUUUAAAUCAAUUCGCAGUGUGCAUUUCUUGGUGUUGGUAGCUUUCCUGUUAAUUAUUUCGCAGUUCUUUGCGGGCGGCACUGAUUACUUUAUAUCAAGCUGGAACACUGCAACUAGUUGGGAGAUCUCAUUGUCAAGGUCUAAAAUUAAAACGUUCAGCCUCAGGACUUAUAAUAGCAGCAAUGAACCUGAUACAGUGCUCACUAAAGAUGCUGAUGUGUGGCUCAACGAAAAUUCCCCGUUUGUUUCAUUGAACUGCGGUUUGAUGGCAGCCUUAGCGGUUGCAACUGUUUAUCGGACAUUCCAGUUUUUUGAAUUAUGUUUGAGUGCAUCGAUAGCAUUACACGACGAUUUGUUUCUUAGCGUUUUGCGGGCUAAAAUGAAGUUUUUCGACUCGAAUCCAACAGGAUGGAUUUUGAAACGAUUUUCUAAGGAUUUGCUGAACAUCGACACGAGGUUACCCCAAGCCCUAAUUGAAUUUCUAUCUUUUACACUUGAAUUACUAUCAUCCAUUAUAAUGGUACUGACGGUUGACUGUUGGCUGCUUGUUCCAUCCACUAUCAUUACGAUAUUUUUCUGUGCAUUGCGUUAUGUAUUCACCAACACGACCAAAUGCGUGCAACGGAUUGAAUCGAUUUCCCUGGGACCACUAUAUUCCUACGUUAACAAUACGCUUCAGGGCCUUUCCACAAUCCGAAUAUCUAAUGUGGACAACAUCCUUCAGGAAGAAUUUUACGCCCAUUUGGAUUUUAACACUGCGAUUACGUACUUGAAAACAAUGACUGCUCGAGCAUUUUCUGCUUGGGUGGACGGUAUAUGCCUGGUAUAUAUUGGAAUAUGUGCACUCAUUUUCGUUUUAUAUGGAGAUAGCGCAUCAAGUAAUUAUUUUGGUUUUGCUCUGCUUCACUGUAUCAACCUGAUUGGAAUGUGCCAAUGGGGCACUCGUGAUUCCACAGAAAUAGAAUACGAAAUGACAUCGGUGGAGCGAAUCAUCGAAUACACCAAAAUCAAAUCAGAACCACCACUGAACAUUCCUUCCGAUCAUCAUCCGCCGAAACAUUGGCCGUCGCAUGGUGAAAUUAUAUUCAAAAAUGUUGAUUUCAAGUAUUCGAAUAGUCGCGCAUUGGUAUUGAAAAAUAUAAAUUUUCGAAUAAAUCCUGGAGAGAAAAUUGGAAUCAUCGGCUAUACUGGAGCUGGCAAAUCAUCAAUAAUCGAAGCCAUCUUUCGAAUGCAAGAGUAUAGCGGCGAAAUAAUCAUUGACGGCAUUUUGACUACCACAUUGGGACUGCACGAUUUAAGGAAAAACAUUUCGUAUAUUCCACAGAAUCCAAUUUUGUUUUCCGCCACUUUGCGAUUCAAUUUGGAUCCAUUUGGUGAAGCAGCAGAUGUUGAAUUGUGGAACGCAUUAAAUCAGGUUGAAAUGAAAGAAUUCAUCAAAACAUUACCCGGUGGACUCGACUACAAACUCGUCCAGGGCGGCUUAAACUUUAGCAUGGGUCAAAGACAGCUGAUUUCGCUAGCCCGCGCAAUCAUACGAAAUAAAAAGAUUUUCAUAAGUGACGAGGCGACAGCCAACGUAGAUCCGGAAACCGAUCGACUCAUCCAAGAGACAAUAAGACUUAACUUUAACAGUUGUACCGUAUUGACAAUUUCUCAUCAACUGUACAAUAUCAUGGAUUCCGAUCGGAUUUUGGUGUUGGAAAAUGGACGCAUUGUUGAGCUGGAUAGACCGCUCGUGUUGCUACAGAAAACCGACGGAUAUUUGCGGAAAUAUUGUCAUGAUCCGGCAAGAAUUGAAAUGUUAACAAAUCUGGCAAGAAAAUCAAGUUUUGAUUGAAUUUGCAAUUAAUUUAGUAAACGGAGGAUCGCUCGCUGUCUGUCCGACGUUGAUCUUUCGUUCGUAGAACAAUUUAACAACGUGGCUUAACAAACAAGCAUUUUGUUCGUAAAAUUCAUUCAUCAGAACAUCUUUUUUAAUUGAUUAAAACUGGUUUAUAAAUUGCUCUAAAGCCAAUUUAAACAACCAAAAAAAUGUCUGAUUUGAAGCAACCGAAUACUGUAUUGUAUACACAACCAUUCACAAGC